AUGCCAGUGACACAGAAGGAGGAGCUGCAGCCAACCGAUGGCGUGCUGCUGUGCCACUGCCUGGAGAGCCAGGACCGGCUGUCGGUGUUUGACGGUCCGAGCCCCUUGUCGGCGGCCAUCGCGGUGCUGUGCGACGAGGCCUCCCAGCUGGAGGUGCUGUCCACAGGCCGCAGCCUCUUCGUGGAGCUGGUGGCGCGCUCCCGGUGGCCCGGGCAGGGCUUCCGCGCCUCCUACCACUUCCAGAACGACUCCGACUACAACACCGUAGACGCAGAGUUGGACUACCUUCCAGCAGACAUGGAACCACCUGCCGUGAGCGCCGCCAUUGCAGCUGGCAGUGACGUGGCGCCGCCACGGGAGGCAGUGGCCGGAGCGAGAAACACUAGCAGAGCGCGUCGAGCCGCCAUACUCUGCACCAGAGGCAGGUCGAGCUGA